GAGUGAAAUGAGGAAGCGUGUUGUUGGAUUUGAUGUUCAGUAUUCAUGUUCAUGUAUGAAGACAAACACCAACCUGAGCUCCUUCAUUAGCCUCGUCCCUCAACUAAAAUCAUAAUAAUAUAUGGCUUCAGAAGCAUAUCCUGUGCUGGGUCUAACCCCAGAGGAAUUCUCGGAACUCGAAAGCAUCAUCAACACGCACCACAAGUUCGAACCUUCCCCUGAAAUCUGCAGCUCCAUCAUAGCGCAGCGCAUCGACGCGCCGGCACACACGGUGUGGCCCCUCGUCCGGAGCUUCGAGAACCCUCAGAAGUACAAGCACUUCGUCAAGAGCUGCAACAUGCGCUCCGGCGACGGCGGCGUCGGCAGCAUCCGCGAGGUCACCGUCGUGUCGGGCCUCCCCGCCUCCACCAGCACCGAGCGCCUCGAGAUCCUCGACGACGACAAGCACCUCCUCAGCUUCCGCGUCGUCGGCGGCGAACACCGCCUCCACAACUACCGCUCCGUCACCUCCGUCAACGAGUUCAAGAACCCCGACAACGGUAAGGUUUACACCAUUGUUUUGGAAUCUUACGUCGUCGACAUACCCGAAGGAAACACCGGUGUCGAUACUAAGAUGUUUGUUGACACUGUCGUCAAACUUAACCUUCAGAAACUCGGCGAGGUCGCUAUGGCUACUACCACACUGCACUGAAUUAUAUAAGCACAUAAUUAAUAUUAAUUUGUUCCUCCAUCA